CCUAGUUCGUCGCAUCGCUUCUUUGGGAUUUCUGAUCUCUCCGGUUCAUUCAUUCACCAAACCUGCGUUCGUCAUUUUCGAACUUCUCCAGUCUAGCUCCCCGUCAAUGGCGUCCGCAAGCUCAUUAGCAACUCUCAGAACCUUGUCUUCCUCUGUUAAAAUGCCCAACUCAAGGUCUCUCUCCUCGUCGCAUUCCCAACAGUUUUUCUCAGGGUUCAAGCUCCCGGGAUCCUUUUCAACGCUGUCAUCCAGAUCUAUAACCACCCAUCAUCACAGCUUCUCUACCCAGAAACACACCACCAACAUCAAGACCCGAUCUUUCUCCUGCAAAAUGGAAGGAGAACCUGCUUCAACCAAAGUUCAAGAACUCCACGUCUAUGAAAUCAACGAGAGGGACCGUGGCAGCCCUGCUUACCUCCGGCUGAGCCAGAAAGAAGUCAAUUCCCUUGGUGAUCUUGUACCUUUUAGCAACAAGAUCUACAGCGGGGACUUGCAGAAGAGACUGGGCAUCACGGCUGGCAUUUGCGUAUUGAUCCAACACGUACCGGAGAAGAAAGGAGACCGAUACGAGGCCAUCUACAGCUUCUACUUUGGGGAUUACGGUCACAUAACGGUUCAGGGAGCGUAUCUGACUUACGAGGACACCUAUCUGGCGGUGACCGGAGGAUCGGGGGUCUUUGAGGGGGCGUCCGGGCAGGUAAAACUGCAGCAGCUUAUCUUCCCAUUCAAGCUCUUCUACACCUUCUACCUCAAGGGAAUCCCCGACUUGCCGGUGGAGCUGUUAUGCACCCCAGUUCCUCCGUCUCCGACGGUCGAACCUUCGCCGGCGGCAAAAGCAACAGAGCCACAUGCAACUAUUCGAAACUUUACCAAUUAAGUGUGAUCGGCAAUGGACGAUAAUUGGUAGUCGUUGUUGAUGUGUAGUGAUCGGUAAUAAAUUUUCAAUUGAGUGGUCUUUUUGUAAAAUAAAUUAGUCUUUUCAGAGUUUCAGGAAAGCACGAACAAUUUUUCUUUCGGAAAAAUACAUAUAGAAAUUUGAAUUCCACAGAAUUCAAAAUGUCAAAUAUUCCACCCUAAACAUCGUUACUCGUCCGUCA